ACAAAAAGGGGGCGUGGCGUGUGUUCCUGCUGAUUUCGCCGCAUAACAUUUUUACAAUUUCAGCUUACGAAAUUUCAGCUCGGCUGAGGGCGAAUUGUAAUUCGGCCGGAAAAUGAGCUCCAGCAGUGAAAUAUCGCUGCUUAAUUUUUAUUACUUCAAUUCCAUAUACGGACCAAAUGAAGGAGAGGAGGAGAAGAAAGUAUUGUAUUACUAUCCAUCAGAGACGGACAUAGAGACGCAAAUUAAAAAUGUUGGCUUAUCAGAGGCUAUAAUUAAGUUUACAGAGACAUUCAACCCAAGUAAGCCUUGCGAGUCUUUGCACACACAGAAGACACGACAAGUUAUGCACCAAGCCGAACCAGGAUUUUGGAGUGUAAUGACACUCUCAGUGCCUACACUAGUUAAAUCAAAAGACGGCCAAGAUUACACAGAGUAUCAAACUGACGACAUCAACGAUGCCGUGUACCUUGCAGUUUUGAAACAGUGCCACCUCAUGUUCCAACUUUUCAAUGGCCACCUUAGUAAUUUGGCCAGCAACCCCUCGCAAAUCAAAGUAUUGUUAGACCAGUUUUAUUCAAGGCUGCUACCAACUCUCAAACUUCAGCACUCUGAUUUGCUGGACAUUUUUGCUGGAAUGCAGUUUUUGCCUUUGGACGCAAAUACGUUUUUGCACGUUCAGUGUUUGGUGAACAAGAUCGAAGCUAGUUUUCCCAGUGCCCAACACAGCGCUGUUUUCUUCAAUGACCAGUUGGUUUGGAGUGGGAUUGAUCCCCUUGAUAUGCAACUUAUAUUCCACUAUCUAGUCACAUCCUUACUACCCAAUUUUCUUGAAACGGAAAUUGAACCCAAUCGACCCAGAGUUGUUGGACGGUAUGUAACUGGCCCCAACGUAACUCCAAAGGACGACAUAUCCAACAGCUCAAUACCAAGGCUCUUCCUAACAAAUGGACAAAUAGUCUAUUUAAUUGUCUAUAAGGCUAUGAACGCAACUAUUUGCCUUCUCCUUGAUAGUUACAGUGUCCCAACUCCAGAAUUUUUCCGUCGUCUGGACGGUUUCCUUAGCUCAAGACUGUCUCAAAUAUCAGAAGAGCUGGCUGCGAGUUGUUCCAAAAGUGCCACUCAGUCUCCAGCAGGUGCAACUCUGCUAAACAACCUUGGUCCUGAUUCGCCAAAAUUUAUUUAUUACAACACAUUGAACAGAGCCACCAAGAGCACCAUUCAUCUUGAUGGUCGAAAAUGUGGCCUCGUGUCAGUCAGCCAAGAAUUAAUUAAGUUGCUUGCUGACGUCCACAGUGACAAAGAAAAGUUGAAGUCAUGUAGUGAAAUAAUAUUAAAAACAAGAAAUGAUAGCUGGGUUGCGGGAAAAUUUGCCAAUCUGAGAGAAUUUUAUGUUGUGCUCAACACAAAAAAUGCCAAUUUAAUUGAAAUAAGUGAUGAGGUGAAGAGGUUGUGUGAUUUGCAUCUCAGGUGCAUUUUCUUUACUGACUGACACAUGAACAAACCAAGCCUGAUUGCUUUCACCCAAGGCAAGACAUAUUGCGAGUUUGCUACCUGCAACAUUCCUUACUUUCAACUUAAUGUUUCGUAAUUUUAAUAUAUAUUAAAAAAAUUGUUAUAUUCGUUCCGA